AGUUUGCUGCGUCGAGUGAAAUCCGUGGAGCCAGUUGACGACGUCAGUUCGCUACGGGGCACUGCUGACGUCAAAUUUGUUCUUGUCGAAGGUUGAAAGUGUUGCAUUAACCUGCAAGACGCACACGAACUUAAGUGUGGUACUUGACAAUUAAUUAACGUCCGGCGCGCGUGCGCGCAGAAGGUGGCUGCGUUUUGGGCGCACAAUCACGCAGCAGCACCGAGCACAUCUCUUCAGCUCUGUGCGUGGAGCGGACGCAGACUGUCUGUCGGGCGCAUUAUCCUUUCAUGCGCAAUCGAAGACUUGCGACUGACGCACACGUAUACGCACGAACUUUAUUUAUUGAACGACUUUUAUUUUCAUGAGACGCUCGGGCGUUUCUCCCGUUGGGAAUUCGGACUCGACGAGGAUGGCGCGCGCGAAGAGGGUGGCGCACGUGCGGACCCGUUAAGUGGACAACUGGCGGACAUGCGGUUGUUGGGCUGGAGCGUGCUGUGGGUUCUGGUUGCCACGCUGCGAGGCCAGAACGACACGGAGCCCAUCGUGCUGGAGGGCAAGUGCCUGGUGGUGUGCGAUUCCAACCCGGCUGCCGACUGGCGGGCGUCCAACUCGCCGCUCGGCAUCUCGGUGCGCGCCGCCAACUCCAAAGUGGCUUUCUCGGUGGUGCGGAGCAACAACCACGAGCCGUCCGAGAUGAGCAACAAGACCAGGAUCAUCUACUUCGACCAGGUUCUCGUAAAUAUUGGAAACUUCUUCACAUUUGAGUCUGUGUUUUUGUCCCCAAGAAAAGGAGUCUACAGUUUUAACUUCCACGUCAUUAAAGUGUACCAGAGCCAGACCAUACAGGUGAACCUCAUGUUAAAUGGGAGGCCCGUCAUCUCAGCCUUUGCCGGGGACAAGGACGUAACCCGCGAGGCGGCCACUAACGGAGUUCUGCUUUAUCUGGAAAAGGAGGACAAAGUCUAUCUGAAAUUGGAGAAGGGCAACCUGGUCGGUGGAUGGCAGUACUCGACAUUUUCUGGCUUUCUCGUCUUUCCGCUGUGAAUCGUCAGAAAGCAACAACAGUUUUAUAAAAGUGACUCACUUCUCUCUCGUGAUGUGUCGUCGCUGUAUAAAUCAAAACAUGACUCCCGAAGCAGCGUCACAAAACAGGUUUUUGAGGAUGCUUUGUUGAGCGCCAUCCUGUCAGUCAAGCUGCCCCCAGAGAGAAGCCUUCCACAUCCUGCGAGCACUUUGUUGUCAUGACAACUGUUGCUCGGGUGUGUCUGCCUUUUUGCUGACCGAGGUGUUUGUCUUGUUGCCAUCAUCCAUUUGAUAUGGAAUUUGCUUUCAAUGUAGCCAACCGCCCAAACAUAUCCUCGCUAUCUGAUUAGAAAAAAAAAUCACAAUAUGUCCUUUUUAUGACAACAAUCGCAACGACUUUUCUUUAUGCUGUGUCUAUAAUGUAUAAGUGAAUGUCCGUAGUGUCUUCUCCUAUCUGACACUGCAUGACUAAAAAGACGCUGUCUCAAGUGACAAGAAUGUUCAUUCAAUCACAUCCAUGGAACCUUUCAAGCCGAAUGGCCCUGAGGUUGAACGCUGUGGAAUCGAAUGACACUAUGGGGGUGGGGGGCGGGGGUGGGGGGGUCGGCAGAAUGGUGAGUAUUAACACUUACCUUCGAAAAAUGAACAUAAUGAAAGCAACAUUUUGCUGUAAAAUUAUGUGGCCAACUUAGACUUUGAAUUAUUCUGAUUUCUAUAUCAGGGGUGUCAAACUCAAUUCUUGUCACGGGCCAGAUUUUAGUUACAGUUUCCCUUGGGGGGUCGUUAUGAUUGAAACCAUAUAAAGAAGUCAAAGAUAACGGUUUAUUCACCUAUUGUAGAAGUUACUGUAAUGAGGUGUUUGGUCACAAGAAAAUGAUUCCAGUAACACUCUUAUUUAUUUCAAAUGAGAAUUGAAAAUUUUGGUGGAGAUUUUGGCAAACAUCAUGAAAGUUGCCAUCAGUGAUUUGCUUUAAGGGCCACAGAAAAUGAUGUGGCGUGCCGGAUCUGGCCCUGUGGCCUUGAGUUUGACAUCUGUGGUCUAUAUAGUCGACAUGAAGGUUUGAUGACAUUGUGUUUGCGAGCCACAGUGAGCAAAAAUAGGUGAAUGGAAGUGAUGCGUCCCUAUUUGAAAUAGAAAGUUCAAAGAAGUUAUUACAAAACAGUUCAUGACACACAUUGCCGUAAAAUUUGCUUAAAAUGUUUGCCAAACUGAAAACUCUGUAAAGUACAGUCGUGACAAUAAAGAUUUACAUUUGUGGUAAA